AUGGGUUUAGAGCUGCGGGGCAGAGCGCGCGGCUCCCGGCGGGCCCGGGCGGCUUCGGCUGCUUCUAACGUCCCAUUGGAAAGCCCGAAGCGCUGGAGGCCCCGCGGCCAGUAUUGCGCUUCCAAAAGCGGGUUCCUGCCCCCGCCUCCUCCCCUUCGCUGGCAAAGACCUCGGAGCGGCUCGGGUUUCCUCCACCCCUGCGCCGAGCAGCUGGGAGUCGGGGCGUUGCGCUGGCGGCGGGGCGAGGCGGCCCCUGAAACCACUUCCAGAUGUGCUCGCCUGGCCGGGCUUCCUCUGGCAUCCUCCUGCAGCGCUCUGCGUGCACCGCGUUUGGAAAACAAGGCAGCUCGGGAGGAAACGAUCCCAAACUGGAGAAGGGCAAACUCUUGGAGGGUGAAUUUCCACCACGCGUUGGGUCUAAGAUACACUGGCUACACGGACCACCUGUGGGGAGAGAGAAGGUUCCGUGGCAGCAGAGUACUGGCCUCAAGAACUCCGGCUCCAGUCCUCAUGGCCUUCACUGGAGCAAACAUAUUCCCUGGUCAGGGCUUCCCCUGCCCUUCCAGAAUUGUGUGCCAUCAGGGGCAGCAGGCCAAUCUGUCAGAUGUGUCCCAGGGCAUCGUGGUGACAAGCCCUCCAAGCUGACUCCUGCCCAGUCCCAUUUCUCCCCCUUUGCAUCUCUGAUCCACUUGGCAGAAUGCCUGACCCAGUCUGAGAGCUGGUGAAUAAGUAGGUUCAGAGAGUAUGACAACCAAAGGAGCCCAGAGGGAGACUCACAGUUAAAUAAUAAUUA